UUUUUUUUUUUUGCUGGGCCCAACCAUACCCGGCUCAUUGUAGCGUGAUUUAUCAGCUGGGUUGAGAGAGAGAGGGAGAAAGAAAGGGAUAGAAACACAAACAGAGUGAAACAGAAAGAGGUGAACGAAGGCGGAGAAACAAAAAUGGAUCCAGACGCUUUAUCGAAAGCAUUCGUAGAUCAUUACUACUCAACGUUCGAUAACAAUCGCGCUGGAUUAGCUAAUCUGUAUCAAGAUACUUCCAUGUUGACCUUUGAAGGCCAGAAGAUCCAAGGCUCUCAGAACAUCGUCGCCAAGCUCACCUCCCUCCCUUUCCAGCAGUGCAAACACAGCAUCACCACCGUCGAUUGUCAGCCAUCUGGACCUGCCGGCGGUAUGCUUGUUUUCGUCAGCGGAAAUCUCCAACUUGCUGGUGAACAGCACGCUCUGCGAUUCAGUCAGAUGUUCCAUUUGAUGCCGACCCCACAAGGAAGCUUUUAUGUGUACAAUGACAUAUUCCGUUUGAAUUAUGCAUGAGAAAAAGGUGUCAUAUUAAAACCCCAAGUGUGUUUUUUAGAUUUUCAACAUCCAUUUCUUGUUAAAUUUCAAAUAUGGUUUUUUAUUAUUAGAGUAUUAAGAUGAUAAAUCAAUCAUUUUAGUCUCUAGAUGUUGCUUAUCUUUCUAAACUUGAAGAUUAUGUUUGUUUUCAUAUGAAACUUGUUCUUAUAAUUGUUAUCUUUUGUGGUCUUGAAUGUACUUUGAAUCCUGGAUUUGGUUGAAAUUGGAAUUGUUUACCAUUCUAAUCAUGUGUUUGAAUGUAAAUGAAUAUGGAGUUGAAUGCUUGUUGGAAUGUAGAAAUCCAUUUAAGCUAGUUUUUCAGCUAGCCUUUCAAAUAUAGCCUAAAUUGAAU